AUGACGCAGGGUCCCGGAGGGCGCGCGCCCCCCGCGCCUCCUGCGCCCCCAGAACCCGAGGCGCCCACCACCUUCUGUGCGCUGCUGCCGCGCAUGCCGCAGUGGAAGUUCGCUGCUCCGGCCGGCUUCCUGGGCCGCGGCCCCGCAGCUGCACGAGCAGCGGGAAGCGCAGGGGCUGCGGGGGGCGCCGAUCCUCAGUCGGAGCCGGCCGGCCCGACUAGCGUCCCGGCGUUGGCGGCUGCGGUCCUGGGCGCCUGCGAGCCGCGCUGCGCCGCGCCCUGCCCCCUGCCGGCUCUCAGCCGCUGUCGGACAGCCGGGACCCGGGGGUCUCGGGGCACGCGGGGGGCGGCUGGGCCCCCAGACGCCGCCGCCGACGAGUGGAUCCGCAAAGGCAGCUUUAUCCACAAGCCCGCGCACGGCUGGCUACACCCAGACGCCAGGGUCCUGGGACCCGGAGUCUCCUACAUCGUUCGGUACAUGGGCUGCAUUGAGGUCCUACGUUCCAUGCGCUCCCUGGACUUCAACACUCGUACCCAGGUCACUAGGGAGGCCAUCAACCGGCUCCACGAGGCUGUGCCUGGAGUCCGGGGUUCCUGGAAGAAGAAGGCCCCCAACAAGGCACUGGCCUCCAUUCUGGGCAAGAGCAACCUGCGCUUCGCUGGCAUGAGCAUCGCCGUCAGCAUCUCUACGGAUGGCCUCAACCUCUCUGUGCCUGCUACACGCCAGAUCAUCGCCAACCACCACAUGCAGUCCAUCUCCUUCGCAUCAGGGGGUGACACGGACAUGACAGAUUAUGUGGCCUAUGUUGCCAAGGACCCCAUCAACCAGAGAGCCUGCCAUAUCCUGGAGUGCUGUGAGGGCCUCGCCCAGAGCGUCAUCAGCACGGUGGGCCAAGCCUUUGAGCUGCGCUUCAAACAGUACCUGCACAGCCCCCCCAAGGUGGUCAUCCCCCCUGAAAGGCUGACCGGGCUAGAGGAGUCGGCCUGGGGGGAUGAAGAGGACAUGGAACACAAUUACUACAACAGCAUCCCAGGGAAGGAGCCACCCCUGGGUGGACUGGUGGACUCCAGGCUCACCUUGACACAACCCUGCACCCUCGGGGCCCUAGGAGCCUUCAGCCAGGGAGCAUCUCCUCCUCGAAGAGACACCUGCAGCCUGCAUUGGGAGCUGGGCCCCUCAGCCCCAUCAGGGGAUGGCUAUGUGCAGGCAGAUGCCCAGGGGCCCCGAGACUACGAGGACCACCUGUACGUCAACACGCAGGGUCUGGACGCCCCGGAGCCUCUGCAACUGGAGGACAGCCCUAAGAAGGACCUGUUUGACAUGAGACCCUUCGAGGAUGCCUUGAAGCUGCACGAGUGCUCCGUGGCAGCGGGUGCGGCAGCCUCCCUUCCUUUGGAGGACCAGUGGCCCAGUCCCCCUACCCGCAGGGCUCCCAUCGCCCCCACAGAGGAGCAGCUGCGGCAGGAGCCUUGGUACCACGGCCAGAUGAGCCGUCGGGCGGCGGAGAAACUGCUGCGAGCCGACGGGGACUUCCUCGUGCGCGACAGCGUCACCAACCCCGGGCAGUACGUCCUCACCGGGAUGCACGCCGGGCAGCCCAAGCACCUGCUUCUUGUGGACCCUGAGGGCGUGGUUCGGACAAAGGACGUGCUGUUCGAGAGCAUCAGCCACCUGAUCGACUAUCACCUGCAGAAUGGGCAGCCCAUUGUGGCUGCUGAGAGCGAGCUGCACCUGCGUGGUGUGGUCAAGCGGGAGCUCUGAGCCAGGUGAUGGUUCCCACCCCAGGCGCCUGUCCCUGCUCCCCAGACGUCCGUGUUGUGGCCUUACAGCCUUUCUCUGGACCCUGGUCAGGCCGAACCUCUGCUGUCUCUCCUUCCUCCACAUGGGCCUCAUAUCUUCCUUCUCCAGCCCACUCUUGGCUGGGCUGGCUCAACUAUGCCUGGAGAUGAGGGCCCAAGACCCCUCUCUCCCACUGAGCCCCUGCCUCCUCUCUUCUGCCUGGAGUGAGGGUGUACAUACCAAAGACAGAACCGUUUCUCGCCUUUAAGGAAAAUGUAUAAAAAAGCAGCCCUCACUAUCCUGGUGAGGUCCUGGGGGGGGCAGGGAGACACUGUCUCUUUUUCCAGCUGGACUUCAUUCAGCUUGUCUCCCCGGAAGGGGAAGGUUCCCAGGUCCCUGGCAUGGAGCUGGAGUCCUGUCCUGGCUGGGCUCAGUGUUUUCACCUGAAAAAUUGGUGCACAGUUUUUGAAGGAGAAUUAAGGUGCUUUGGGUCCUCAGGCCAGGACUCAUGCUGAUGUUGACUGUGCGGGAAGCCUUAAGGGUAUUGACAUGAA